AUGGCCAAGGAAACGCAAGUCGCGGUAAAGCAGCCGCCGCCGCCGCCGCAGGCGCAUGGCUAUCAUUUUGGUGGACCUAUUGGAACCUUUGGCAUCUCCAUCAUCCUUCCCGUUCUCGUCUACGUCUUUGCUUUCGCUUGCAACGAUGUCUCCGGCUGCCCCGCGCCCUCCCUGCUCGACCCGAAGAACUUGACUCUUUCCCAGCUGAAGCGCGAGGUCGGAUGGCCCGCUGAAGGAAUCUGGGGUCUUGGAGACAACAAGGUCAACGCCGCCGUUCUGGGAUACUACUUCUUCAAUGCGCUCCUCUACCGCUUCCUGCCUGGCACUGAGGUCGAGGGUGUCCAGCUUGCCUCGGGCGGCAAGCUCAAGUACCGCUUCAACUCCUUUUCCUCUGGAAUGUUCAUCUUGACUCUUUGCGCCGCUGGCACCAUCGCUCAGGGCGCCGAGUUCCCUGUUUGGACCUUCAUCACGGAGAACUACAUCCAGGUCGUUACUGCCAACAUGCUGGUCGCAUUCGCUGCCGCUACAUUCGUCUACGUCCGAAGCUUCAGCGUCAAGCCUGGCAACGUCGAGAGCCGCGAGCUGGCCGAGGGUGGACAUUCUGGCAACCUGAUUUACGACUGGUUCAUCGGGCGAGAACUCAACCCUCGCGUCACGAUCCCCAUCAUCGGAGAGAUCGAUAUCAAGGAGUUCAUGGAGGUCCGACCUGGCCUGCUCGGCUGGUCCCUGAUCAACUUCGCCUGGAUGGCCAAGCAGUACCGCACCUAUGGUUUCGUCUCAAACAGCAUCAUCUUUGUUUCCGCUGUCCAGACCGUCUAUGUCAUCGACUGCUGGUACAACGAACCCGCGAUUUUGACCACGAUCGACAUCAUUACUGAUGGCUUCGGCUUCAUGCUUUCAUUCGGCGACGUCGCAUGGCUCCCGUUCAUGUACUCCCUUCAAGCCAAGUACCUCGCUGCAUAUCCCGUUUCGGUCAGCCCGCUCGGUAUGGCCGGAAUCGCAAGCAUUAUCGGUGUCGCCUUUUUCAUCUUCCGCGCCUCCAACAGCCAGAAGAACGCAUUCCGCAACAACCCAGAUGACCCGAGCGUUUCCCAUCUCAAGUACAUCGAGACCAAGGCAGGCACUCGCCUCCUUAUUACCGGCUGGUGGGGUGUUGCCCGCCACAUCAACUAUCUCGGCGACUGGCUGCAGGCGUGGCCUUACGGCUUGCCCACCGGUAUGGCAGGAUACACGAUCGUCUCGGCUGGCAGCGGCUUCGUGCAGUCUGGUGUCGAGGGGGCGUUCAAGAUGGCCGAUGGUCGCGAGGUCACCCAGGGUGCGGCGCGAGGAUGGGGAAUCCCUUUCACGUACUUUUACAUCCUGUAUUUUGCGAUUCUCCUGAUUCACCGGGACCGCCGCGACGACGAGAAGUGCGCGCGCAAGUACGGCGAGGACUGGAAGAAGUACAAGAAGAUUGUCAGGUGGAGAAUCUUGCCUGGCAUUUACUAA